AUGUUGUGGGGGAAUCCAGCGAAAUUUACUUUGAGUGCUGAACGGCAGAAGCCGAAGUGUAGCAUCAACGUUCCUUCCCUCGAGUCGUCACAUCGACAACAACAGCAGCAGUAUCAGCGGCAGGAUCGUGCAGAGAGAGAGCAGGUGUUGAAGGUUGAGGGGUCUCUUUGUUCCACAAGGGAUGUUGCGCCACGGCCGCUGAUGAAGGAUUACCCGAGGUUGAAGGAUCUUGAGCUGGAGAUGAUCAAGUCCAUGAACCAACGGCAAAUGGAGCGGAUCCGGAUUUCCACCAGCAACAGCGGUAACAACAGCAACACUAGCGCUGGCGGUGACCUCCUGCCUUGCAUCGAGAUCUCUGAUGGUCAACUUGCGGAGAUCGUACAGAUCCUACUUGAGAUUCCGGCAGGCCUGUUAACCUCCAUCACCAUAUCACGGUUCUCCGUCCCGUUCUCUUUUACCAGGACCAACACACCCAUUGACAUGAUUGGCCCCUCGUCGGCUCUCCCCAAACACGCGUCGACUCUGGAACAUUUCUUUGCGAGGGCCUGUGGGAUCGAAAGCAAGGCCAUUCAAGAACUCCUUUGCGCCAGUCCUCGACUCCGGAGUCUUGAGGCGGUUGAGGAGUGUCUGGGGAUGUACGUUGAAGUCGAGCCUGAACUUGAUGCGGCGGAUGCUGUGAGGUCUCCCUGGGCCUGUGAGAAAUUGGAAGUGUUCGAGUGCAGGAUCUCCAAUGUUCCUCGCCCAGACGUGACUAGGACGUACUUCUACCAUAGUCGAUCGCAUGAUCUUCGCCCCACAAUCCCACAUCACCCACAAGGCCCCGCAAUAGUCCCCGGAUCACCACAAGAGAUCAUCCAACGCGAGAGUCACACCCUCCAACGCCGGGUCCUGAACCAGCUGGGCCGACUCACUCACCUCCGUGUGCUCACUUUAGGAACCGAGCGCCCUGACUACGAUUCCCACGAUUCAUACCAACUAGUCGUCCACGGGAUCAAGACCCUCAUCGUCAGCGCCUUAGCCCAACACAGCUGCCUGGAACUAACCCUCGAGAGCGGACUUGACGAACUGGCGGGGUUGAAAGAGUUGGAAGAAUUGAAUGUAGGCCAAAUGGGCCAUCGGAUUGGAUUGGCAGAAGUUCAGUGGAUGGUUGCGCAAUGGCCGAAACUGAAGAGUAUUGUUGGGCUGACUUGUUUUAACGUCAACGAUUGGUUUUAUCGUGAGGGUGAGGUCGAGAUUGAUGAUUAUGGGUGGCCCCUGGUGGGAAUACGAGAGCGGGUCCCAGACCCGGAGCCGGAGCAUGUGGUGUGGAUUCGGAAACACCGACCUGACAUCCACUGCCCCAAUCCACAAAAAUAG